AUCUACAAAAUUUAGAAAUUGAAAUUUAAAAAACUUUAUUAUAAAGUUGAAAAUUCCAUUGUGUUCACUUUCAAGGCAAUUAUAUUGCAAAUCUAAAUUAAAAAAAAGAAAUUACUUUUUUAAACUUUUAUCUACUGCUUGCGACAUUACGAAAUUUCUGAUUGUCAUUUAAGAUAACUAACUUCAUUAAAGAAAAUUAAUUUUCUGAAAUCAUUAUUGGCUAGUCUUAUUUCGAGGACACAUUCAUAAGUUUUCCGAUCGAAUAAAAAUUCAAAUAAAAAAUGGCUAUGUGUGUACUUGGCAUUUCGCAAAAUUUGCGACCGCUCUCCAAAGGAGUAAACAUGUUAAAGCGCUUCAAAGCUUCUAAUGCAGAACUAAUGACGAAGUGUCUCCUGAACAUUCCAGCGACCCAAGUGACUAUAAUGGACAAUUGUUUGCGCGUUGCUAGCGAAGAUUCGGGUGCUUCUACUGCCACAGUAGGCCUUUGGAUUGAUGCCGGUUCUCGAUCUGAGACGCCACAAAACAACGGUGUUGCCCACUUUUUGGAGCAUAUGGCUUUCAAGGGUACUUCUAAAAGAUCUCAGACAGAUUUAGAAUUAGAAGUUGAGAAUAUGGGCGCCCAUUUGAAUGCUUACACUUCGCGGGAACAAACAGUUUUCUAUGCCAAGUGCUUGUCAAAAGAUGUACCAAAAUCUGUCGAAAUUUUGGCUGAUAUUAUACAAUAUUCAAAAUUAGGCGAAUCUGAAAUCGAACGUGAGCGCUCGGUGAUUUUACGUGAAAUGCAAGAAGUUGAAAGCAAUUUACAAGAAGUAGUUUUCGAUCAUCUGCACGCCACUGCCUACCAAGGAACUGCACUGGGUCAAACUAUUUUAGGGCCCACGAAAAAUAUCAAGAGUAUUGGCAGAAACGAUUUGCAAGCUUACAUCAACACUCAUUACAAGGCUUCGCGCAUCGUUUUAUCUGGUGCUGGUGGCGUGAAACAUAAUGAAUUAGUGCAGUUGGCCGAACAGUAUUUGGGUAAAAUGGAAAACACGUUCGAUGGCAAACCACCAUCAAUGGAUCCUUGCCGUUUCACUGGCUCUGAAGUUCGUGUUCGUGACGAUUCGCUUCCGUUGGCCCAUGUUGCCAUCGCUGUUGAAGGUUGCGGUUGGUCGGAUCAAGAUAACAUUCCUUUGAUGGUGGCCAAUACAUUGAUUGGCGCAUGGGAUCGCUCUCAGGGAGGCGGAGUUAAUAAUGCUUCCAAUUUAGCCCGUGCCUGUGCUGAAGAUAAUCUCUGCCACAGUUUCCAAUCGUUCAAUACAUGCUAUAAGGAUACAGGCCUAUGGGGAAUUUAUUACGUUUGCGAUCCGUUAGAGUGUGAAAAUAUGUUAUUUAAUAUUCAAACGGAAUGGAUGCGUCUUUGCACUAUGGUCACGGAAGCUGAAGUUGACCGUGCCAAGAAUUUACUAAAAACCAAUAUGUUAUUGCAACUCGAUGGUACUACUCCCAUUUGCGAAGAUAUAGGUAGACAAAUUCUUUGUUACGGGCGGCGUAUACCGUUGCAUGAACUCGAACAACGUAUUGAAGCCGUUGAUGUUAAAAAUAUUCGUGAUGUUGCUAUGAAAUACAUUUACGAUAGGUGUCCUGCCGUUGCUGCUGUUGGUCCUGUCGAAAAUUUGCCAGAUUAUAACAGAAUUCGUUCAUCUAUGUACUGGUUGAGGGUUUAAAAUUGAAUAGGGAGAUUCAAGGGGAGUGUGAUUUAAAUGUUUGCGAAAAAUGAUUAAUAAAUUAAAUCUAAAUUAUUGAAAGUAAAUAUAAAUUUCUCUUGUGUAAGGAACAAAUUAAUCGUGAUUAAUAAACUAUUAUGUGAUUAAAAAACAACCUGAAUAAACUGAA